AUGUCAUAUCACCAAGAAAAAUUAAAAUUUAAGGAGCCUGCAACGCCAGAUCCGACCUGCGCGUUGCGUCUAGUAUUCGACUUAAGUACAAUACGUAACGUGCAGCAGGGAGUAUGCUUUCUGGGAUUAUCUUGUGCAGAAGAAUGCUCAAAUAUGCUUCAAUCAUCCAAACAUGUAAGAGUUCAGUGGUGGCCGACACUGGAAAACCCAUGGGUCGAAGACUCUUUGGCUGAUGACGAUCUACUGAAGAGAAAACCAAUGGAUUACGAAAUUAGUCAAGCAGAAUAUGUAUGGGUGGAAAAAAUUUUGAAGAACACUAAAAUUCCGUUUCCUAAAAAUAUCGUGGCUCCAACACCUAGUGGCUGGAUACCCCCAAUCCCUGAAUUAUCAAAGGAUGUACCUUAUUCUGUCCGAAGGUCGAAAAAUCACAUGCUACCUGUCUAUUACACAGAGAAACAGAGAAAGAAAAAAGAGCAUACACAUGGGACUCGACAGCUGACAGUCAUUAGACAUGUUGAUGGAGAUAUGCAAGCUCUGGCUAAUGAUCUCCGAAAGCUUCUUCAACCGAAAUGCGAAGCUGGAUUGUUUCUUUGUCAAGUAGAUGAAGUAACACGUUGUAUAAAAAUUGAAGGGUUGUUCCAAGAAGAGGUAGCUAAAUUUCUUCUUAGUAAGGGGUUUUGA